GACUUGUACAUGGGCAUCGUUCCUUUUUGGGUCAAAAAUCCCAAAGACUGCGAAGCCCAAGGGGCUAACUAGAGCCUCAAUGAAAAGAUCAAACACAAGCUCGUCGACAAUCGACUGAUCAGAAAGCUCGCGAUCAAUCGAUUUCGAGUCACAAGCUCCGAAUCCAAGAUUUCCGUCGGAGGAAGAACGUGGGAAAGGAUGUCGCGGUCGAGGUUUAUCCUGACGAUAUUUGGGACGGUCGUGGUGUUGCUGGUAGCCGGAAAUGCUCUAAGGCUAGCUAAAGCCAACAAUUCAGCUUCCGCCUUUGUCCAAAACACCAUCUUCUCCAACAAGAUCGUCAUUUUCUCCAAAUCCUAUUGCCCGUAUUGCUUUCGUGCCAAGCGCAUAUUCAGUGAGCUAAAUGAGACACCUUAUGUUGUGGAGCUUGAUCUCCGAGAUGAUGGAGGUAAAAUCCAGUAUGUCCUUCUGGAUUUGGUCGGUCGAAGCACUGUCCCACAAGUGUUUGUCAAUGGCAAGCAUAUUGGAGGCUCUGAUGAUCUCAAGGAUGCAGUCCACAGUGGUAAAUUGCAAAAGCUUCUAGCUGCAAGUUAAUGAGCUAAUAGAUAAAAGAGGAAUUCAAUCAUUUGAUCUGAGUUGUGAUGCUGCAUGUGGAUUAGAGAAUCAUCUUAGGGUUGUGAAUUAAGUAAGUUCUCCGCAAGAUUAUAUUGAAUGCUCCAGGAUACUGGCACGCCUUGUUGAUGUUAGUCUUGAUUCUCUUCAUCCUUAUGGAAGAUGUGGUUCAAGUCUUAAGUUUGUUGUAGAUGCAGUUUGAGAGAGGAAGCAAUGACUUAAUUUAGUUUUACUAGAAUCUAUUCUUUGUUUAGUUUAGUUUUCACUAGAAUCUAUACUUUGUUUAGUUUAGUUUUCACUAAAACCUAUACUUUGUCAAUGGAUCUAUUGGCAGUUUGGUGUUUCUCCAUAUGGUAAAUAUAACUGUUCUUUCUUCUGAAA